GUGACAACAGCAACACAUAAUCGAGUCUGUUACAACAUUGUGUUCUUGACAAGAAAACGUGAGAUUUAAAAGUGUGCGAUUGCAUAGAAAUCUGCACCAUGGGUAGCAAGUGUUUUCCCGUUCAAGUCUACUUGUUACUCGGUUUGUUUGUGACGCUGAGUAUCGUCCAAUCUCAGCCAAUCGUAACCGUAGAACAAGGAACACUUAUGGGUACCACCGAGACCUUUGAAGAAUCCGAGUUCAUCGGAGUGAACAAGACCAUCGAUGUGUUCAAGGGCGUGCCGUUCGCCGAGCCGCCUACGGGACCGCUGCGUUUCAAACCCCCGUCUGCCAAACAGCCGUGGGAUGGUACUUACAACGCUACGUACUUCAGAGACGCUUGCGUACAGAGAGAAUUUCCAUUGCAACCACUACCAUCCAUGAGUGAAGAUUGUCUACAUCUGAAUAUCUAUGCACCGAGACCAGCAAUACAAGAGGGCGCUGCAGUGAUGGUCUGGAUCCAUGGGGGCGGAUUUGCUGCUGGUUCCGCCAUUACGUCGAAUCAUCUUGGACAGCCAUUGGUCGCCGUUGGUGACGUCAUAGUCGUGACCAUCAACUAUCGAGUGGAAGUCUUCGGAUUUCUUACAACAGGUGACGAGGCGGCGCCCGGUAACAUUGGCCUACUGGACCAGGUCUUUGCCUUGAAAUGGAUUAAGGAAAAUAUAGCAGCCUUUGGCGGUGACAGCGAACGGAUCACAAUCUUCGGCGAGAGCGCUGGGGGAGCUAGCGUCAGUUUACUGCUACUGUCUGAGCUGGCGCAGGGGCUGUUCAAAAAUGCUAUCUUGCAGAGUGGCACGGCAUUUUCUCGAUGGGCGUAUGCUGAUGGGAACAGUGAGCGUCUUCGACAGCAGGCAUUUGAUAGGGGAACGAAGUUGGGUUGUAAUACGCAGGACAGCGUUGCCUUGGUCGACUGCUUACGAGACAAGGACGCAAUGGCUGUAUUGACUGCAAUUGAACCGACGGGCUUCACGUCUAUCGUCCCCCCAGUGGUAGUAGAUGGCACAUUCUUGGUAGACACGCCUUCCAAUCUGUACUCCACUGGGCGAUAUAACCACGCCCCAUUACUCCUUGGUACUACCAGAGACGAAGCAACCCUUUUCGCCUUAUACAACCCGUUAUUCAUUCCAUUUAUGACGCCACCAGAGCCCCCAGUUUUGAACAAGGAGAUUUUUGAUCAAGCCCUCUCUGCGGAAAUAGCCCACUAUUAUGGUGGUACGGAGGCCUCUAAUGACCUACUAGUAGACGCUAUCAAGCAGGAAUACGUUGACUGGUCCCAGGCUGAUAACGCAGACGCUGACUACUUACAGUCGUACUUGGACUAUUUCACCGAUGAGUUCUUUGUCAGCGGAACCGACCGAGUGGCGCGCUAUCACGCCCAAAGUGGCGAUAACGUGUUCAUGUAUCAAAUGACACGGGUGAGCGACAGUGUCCUCCCGCCAUGGCUGGGGGCCACGCACGGUAGCGACCCCUGGUACGUAUUCGGCUGCCCGUUCUCAUGGGAGUGCCAGCCAUCCCCGGCCCAGAGUCUGGACGACAUGGCGCUGUCGGUCAAGUUCAUGGAGUUCUGGACCACUUUUGCCAAGACUGGAAACCCAAGUCUUGAAUCAACAUCGGAGUCGGACAUGGGCUUCUGGCCAAGGUUUACCAUCCCGGAACUGGAGUACAAAGAACUAGACUUGAACCUCACGACGAAGAGAGCCCUCAAGAGUCGGGAAUGUCACUUCUGGAACAACUACGUGGUCCAUCUCAGGGCCAUAACGGCUGAUAUGGAGACUGCACAGCUUGACUGGAAACAAGCUUUGUACAAUUGGAAGUACACGGACAUGGCGAACUGGAGGGAUGAAUUCGACAAAUAUAAACAGGAACUGAAUUAAAUCGGGAGAUGACUGCUGUCGAUGAAUGAUUGCUUCUUUUCUGGGGGGGGGGGGAUGACCAACUUGCAACCCGGCGUCAGUUUUGUCUGUUCUUUUCUCAAAGCAAAUGUUAGCGCCAGUACCUCACCACCGCUACUAGUAUAUAUACCCUUUCAACGAAGACUACGCUUUUAAUGAACAUAUAAUUGUGGCCAUUUUGUUUUCUGGUCCUCCCCCCCUCACAAAACCUGCCGCGCCGAAUUAUAAACAAGGACGGGAGACUCAGAAAAAGGGUUAUCGGUAAUAACUAUGUGGAUCUUACCUCUUGAAUGGAAACCUUCCCCCGUGUAUGUCCAUACGCACAAACAUUUAAAAUUUCGCGAAAAAAACUUAGAUACUCAUGCGUUUUCUGUUUGUAAACAACUUGUUUAAGCGUCAAUAAUAGAGAUUAUUAGGUGUUGCGUCUUCAAGAAUGAAAGCGUUCUUUGAACCGGUGGGUUUUGGAAAGAACUUUUAUUUGACAAUGAGGAACCAGUUAGAUUUUAGACUUGACACCACGUGACAAGAAAUCUCGUUGGAAUCACUCAGUCUCCUGAUCAUGACGAGCAGAGCAUAGUGUCCAAUAACGUUAAGAUUCCACCGGUCUUUCCAGAACUAUUUACAAAAAGAGAUUUCUUGUUGCUACAUGUAGUGCAAUUGCAAACUUUACUACAAUUUAUUUUCUUCAGCAUCGACAAGCUUGAAAUCUUUACGUCUUUUUAGCUUUUCAGCAUUGGGUUUUGGCAUAAUUUUGUUAAAGAUGCAUCCCCCACGCUGUACAAAAAUGGAUUCGUUUUGUUUUAAUCAAAAAACUACUAAAUUCCGAUUUUUUGCGUCUACAAUCCUCUUAAAAAAGAGCUUUCAAUUUGUACACAAAUAAACCGCCGAGAGAGCCAAAUUAUUGUCUGACAGCCAAUAAUUCGAAUUUUAUGAAAAACAUUUUUGAAUUACUAAACGAUGAUGAAUUUAUUUUGUUCAAUGUCUCAUUCAAAAGUGGAAAACUUUUAUAUUGCUUGGAAAAGAGCAAUUGAAAAAAAGUAUUUAUUUUUCGAGGUGAAACGCGAUAAUAGCAUGGAGAAUGCAUCUUUAAGCUAAACUUGCUGGUGUUGUGUAUAGACUUGCUGGUAUUUUACGAGUAACGCUUAACAUGAAUUUGUACAACAACGAACUCUUUCACUUUUUUGCUUUUAAAUAUAUAUAAUUUUUGUUCACAUUUUACUUUUUAUUGACAAUUUCGAUUUAGAAUCACACAGGCUAAAUAAGAGCUGCACAUAGGCAAGAGUUUUAGUGUCCAUCAACUCAAACCCCAUUGGUAGUUAAGGCUUCUUGAAACACUGAUCAUCAAAAUAAUAAAUUGAGUUAGUUCUUUCAUGGAAUCCUGGUAAGUUUGUUUGUCGGGUCGAUCCUAUACUUGUGGUUAUAUAAACAGCCGAUUUGCGUUUGUGAGCACACCCGUAACAGAAUGGAAAAAUCCAACUACAUGUAUACAAUUAUUUGUGCACGCAACGAGUUCAUGUGAUAAUAAUUUGCCCGUUUGGUUUCCGUACAAAUUUCCGAGUUCAUUGUGUUUCUGUUACGAACUCCACAAACCAAUGUGUUGAAACGUUUAUUUCCGCAACUGCAAUGUCCACACAGUGAGUCUGUCCAAAUCUGAGAAUAUGGCCCUACACUUAAAUAUCAGUGCAAAUAUAUAUAAACCAAAACCUCCGAUUUUUUGCGAAAGCAAAAUCCACAUUGGUUAUUUAACGUAAACGGCAAAGAUC